UUAUGCCGUAGUUCCUAGCGUCCUUCUCAUUCGUCAGACUGAAACAGCAACCGAAACCCUAAACCAUUUCUUAUCAUCUGUUUGGUCCCUUCCUCAGCCAAUCCUUGAAGUGCUUCUCUUUCUCGACUGAAAUUGUGACUUGCUUAUGCUUACUGUUUAGAAUGGGUACCGCCUAUUGCUAGUGAAGAACUAUAUUUCUCCAAUGGUUGAAAUUGCCCCACAUGUUUUUAUCUGCUAUACUUUUUGAGAUCAUUCUUCAGUACUAUGAAGUGCAACUGUAAAAAUUUGUUUUUCUAAUUUCAUUUGUCAACGUGUUGGUGGCUUGGUGCAGAUGGCUUCUUUUGACAUGCAUCUAUUUUUUGGAUAUAUGUAGAUGGGAACCCGGCAUUUGCUAUGGAAUUCUGCUACGAAGUAUUUACAUUUGGGCUCAUAGGACUUACUAUAUCUGAUCGUUAUGCCAGUGUUGUGCAUGUUCAGGGCCUCUCUAUGUUUCCCUCAUUCAAUCCCUAUGGCAGCACUUCUAUGGCAUCAUUUACUGAUGACUACGUUUUAGUGGAGAAAUGGUGCCUUGAAAAGUACAAGUUCUCACAUGGUGACAUAGUAGUUUUCUGCUCCCCAAGUGACCACAAGAAGAAAUAUAUAAAGAGAAUAACAGCCUUGGCUGGCGACUGGAUAAGUACACCUUAUUCAUAUGACUCUUUUAAGAUUCCAGAUGGGCAUUGUUGGGUUGUGGGCGACAAUUCUGCUUCUAGCGUGGAUUCUAGAUCAUUCGGCCCUAUCCCUUUGGGUUUAAUUCGGGGGAAAGUCACACACACUGUCUGGCCUCCUCAAAGGUUUGGUGGAGCUGUUUGAAAAAGUUCCUCAAGGUGGAAUUUCGUUCUAAUUGUAUUUCAACUGCACGUAAACAUUUGAGACACUUCAAGUAGAAGACAAUGUUUUCACUUCCCCGUGGACAUUUGCCAAGGCUGCAACUUUGAUUUGAUCAAUGAUUCUUGUCUAUAUUAUGUUUCAUGCCGAACAACAGCAGCUGUUCAUUUGGGAAAACCCAAGAAUCUCUUCAUAUAUGUUGCUGUAGGCCAUUCUAUUCAGAUUUCUGAUGAGACUCAACUUAGGAAAUCAUUGAUCCUGUUUGUACUCAAAUUCGGGAAUCCUCACCUUAAUGCAAGUCAUUGGCACCUAUGACAGCUUUAGAACCAAAUCAGGGAACAGGUUUGUUGUCCUUCAAAUUUACUAGGCUUUCACCGAGAUGGACCAGAUUCGAACAUAAAAAGGGACAAUAUCAGCUUGGACCACAAUAGAGGCCUGGUGUUGAUGCAAACCUAUCAGUCUGGGAUAUCCAAACUGUGAUUUCAUCUUUUCAUGGUGUUGAUGCUGGAAAAUCUUCUUGUACAAUGUCCAAAAAGCAAUACUAUGUAAUGUUAGUAAUAAUGAAAGUUUUAGCCAAUCUUUUACGCAGUGCACUAUGUAGAUGCUUGUAUAGACACAGAAAGCCAUGUAGUUUUCUGGAGCGGCACUGGAUUAUUCGCCAUGGUUUUGAUGUGCCGUUGGC